CAGUGGUACAGGGCUCUCCCUUCGACCCCUACCCCCCAAUCGCCGCCAUCCCCUUCUGGUUCCCUAUCUUCUUCCCUACCACCUUUAACCCUACCGGCAAUAACCUGAACAUCGAAGAUGUGAUUUUCGUUGAUGCCGAUAUGCAGACAAGAUAUGGAUUUAAAAUUGUCAAUACCACAUUGGUGCCUCUUUAUGUUUCGAUGUUCAUUUUCAAUGUCAGUUCUUUGAGCAUUCAUGCAUUCUAUCAACCGGGAAGUGCAGAAGGUGUUGAUGAUCCGCUUCCCGCCGGAAAAUCAUGGACCAUCGGGUACGGCACCAAGCAAAGGACUGGUCCAUGGACCUUCAAUGUAAAAGAAGGACAAGAUGUUGAUGUUGGCUUCUUGAAGCUUUUCUUCUCGACAGAGUAUCUAGACUUGUCGGCCAUCAUUCAAGAGUCACCUUUUAAAGGCUAUCGCCAGAGGGUAUCGCCUCUGAUGAGGAAGAUACCUUCCCUAUAUCAUACAAUGUGUGUUCCAAUUGUUCAAAAAAGGGGAGCUGAAGCUGAGACCAAAGACGAGGAGGAGGGUGAUAUUGUGGAGAGUGAAGAGUAGACUUGUUUUAAUUGUAUGGCUGUUCAUAUAUAUAAAUAUUUUUACUGCAUUUUGGCACUGUGUAUUUGAAUCGCGAGUACUGGUCCGGCAAGACCAUCAAUUACAUUUCGAAUAUCUCAGGGUAUCGUGAUGAUGUUUUUAGGCCUGAGCUGAGGGCGUAGAUUAUCGAAUGCGUGUUUCUUUCCACUUUCAUU